CCGAGAACGCCGAAGCCAAUGGCCCCAUGAGGAGCCAGGAGGCUGCGGAGAACAAGGCGCUGGCUGCAGCGGCCCCAUCACGGCGCCGCGGGCGCCGCCGGAGGCGCAAGUCCCCGCCAGAGGUGACUGUGAAAGCGCAGCUCCGCAUGCGCUCGCCCUCAGGUGUCUUCGUCAUGGUGGGCAUCUCCGUCGUCUUGGUGGGCAUGACGAUUGCCGUGGUGGGCUACUGGCCUCACCGGGCCGGGGCUGGCUCGGGGAAUGCCAGCAGCCCUGGGGAGGUGAGGAAGGAGGUGGCUCACAAUCGCCACUUCCCACAUAGCGAGAAGCUCAAACUCAUUGGCCCUGUCAUCAUGGGCAUUGGCCUGUUCAUCUUCAUCUGUGCCAACACCAUGCUCUAUGAGAACAGGGACAUGGAGACCCGCCUGCUCAUGCAGAAGGGUCUCUACGGCAUGGCCGCGGGCCUCCCUGCAGAGCCCGGUGCCGAGGACAAGUACUGUGAGACGAGGACAAGCCAGGCGGUGCCCGCGGACGGCGUGGAGGGCUGCUACGAGGUGGACCUCGCCUCCCGGGCCUUCCAGAUGUGCGCCGGCAGCAAAUGGUCCGAGUGCUACAGAGCCAAGCGGCUCCAGACCACAGCCCAGCUCCUGCACCACAAUGGCGCGUCGCCCUCUGCCUCUCUCCUCAGCGUCCGCUCGGGCAACUCGGCCGAGGGCAACCUCAACCUUUCCUUCAGCCCCGGGGCCGACAGCAGCACAUUGCCAAGAGGGCAGGAGCACCAGGACAACCAUGUUGUCAUCAGCAUGGAGGGCGUCUGCCCCGUCACCCCCACUGUGGAGACACCCCUGCCCUCUCAGGAUACCGAGGAGGAGCUCAGCUCGGACCCGCAGCUCCACAACCCAGGACACUCCAAGUCCCUGGACCUGGGCCGGCCUGGGGUGCUGCUGGUGGCUCCCAUCAAAGACCGCAAAAACCGGAGCUGGCCUCGGCUCGAUCACCUCAGCCUGGUGGCUUAUGCCAAACUGGGGAACACGGGCGAGUCCUCAGACAUGCUGCUAGAGCAGCGAGGCAGGCAGGAGGCCAGGCCCGGCUCAUGGGAGGUGGGAACGGAGCGGGGCUCGCGGGUCUGA